AUGGUUCUCGAUAAUGAUACGCGCGGGUGGAUUAUGACGGCGGUCAGCGGCAUAGCAUCAAUAAUAUGUGUCGACGUUGUUGUUCGCUUGUUCCCCGGGAAGAAGAACUUCAAGAUUGAGAACAGUAAUGCGUUCUUGUCAACGGGCCUAAGUCUGUCUUUUGGUGUCAUGGUAGAAAUGACCCUCGCUUAG